CGGGAGAAGCUGAAGCGGCGCGGUAAGGCCGAGGGCGAGCAGGCCCAGCCCGAGGAGAGCGGUCUGGGCGAAGGUGAUCUUGAGCCCCCCCUGCCCAAGAAGACCAAAAAAGUCAAGGAGAAGAGCAGUGGUCUGGCUGGAGAGAGCGAUGGCUCCAAGCAUAUGGUGAAGCCUUCCUCCACUGUAAGCAACGAUGUGACAUCCCCGGCAGCCCAGAGUGCAUCUGACAAUGCAGCUGCUGGAGAGCAGGACGGCAAUGUGGAGGAGCUGACAGAAGAAGCAAAAGAAGGUGCCUUCUCCAAUUUUCCUCUCUCCCAAAACACUAUCAACCUUCUCAAAGCUCGAGGUGUAAAAUACCUGUUCCCUGUGCAAGUGAAGACUUUUCAGCCCAUAUAUGAUGGCAAAGACCUAAUUGCUCAAGCUCGAACAGGAACCGGGAAAACCUUUUCUUUCGCUCUUCCGCUGACUGAACAACUUCAGAGUGUCUCGCAAGAUGGGAGAAGAGGCCGUUCACCAAAAGUGCUGGUUCUUGUUCCAACCAGGGAACUGGCCACUCAGGUAGCCAAAGACUUCAAGAAUCUCACCAGGAAACUGUCAGUGGCUUGUUUUUAUGGAGGAACUCCAUAUAAAGCACAGCUUGAUCUCCUUAAAAGUGGCAUUGAUAUUCUAGUGGGAACUCCUGGACGGAUCAAAGACCACAUUCAGAAUAGCAAGCUGGAACUUUCCAGCGUGAAGCAUGUUGUUUUGGAUGAAGUUGAUCACAUGUUAGACAUGGGCUUUGCUGAACAAGUGGAAGAAAUCUUAGGAUUUGCUUAUAAAAAAGAUUCUGAGAACAACCCCCAGACACUGCUGUUUUCUGCAACUUGUCCACGAUGGGUAUAUGAUGUAGCAAAAAAAUACAUGAAAGAUGAGUAUGAACAGAUUGACCUGAUUGGAAAGAAAACUCAAAGGACUGCCACGACUGUGGAACACUUGGCUAUACAGUGUCGUUCAUCUCAGAGAGCAGGAGUUCUUGGGGAUAUCAUUCAAGUCUACAGUGGCAGCCAUGGGCGGACCAUUGUCUUUUGUGAGACCAAAAAGGAAGCAAAUGAACUGGCUAUGAAUGCUUUUCUCAAACAGGAUGCCCAGUCAUUGCAUGGUGACAUUCCACAGAAACAGAGAGAAGUUACAUUAAAAGGCUUUAGAAAUGGUGUGUUUGAAGUUCUGAUUGCAACAAAUGUAGCUGCCCGUGGUUUGGAUAUUCCUGAGGUUGACCUUGUUAUACAGUGUUCACCACCAAAAGAUGUUGAUUCCUACAUCCAUCGUUCUGGACGUACGGGUCGAGCUGGCCGGACCGGGAUCUGCAUUUGUUUAUUUCAGAGAAGAGAAGAAGAUCUUCUGAAACAAGUUGAGCACAAAGCGGGGAUUACAUUUAAGCGUGUAGGUGUUCCCUCUGCUACGGAUGUAAUUAAAGCUUCAAGUAAUGAUGCCAAAAAGUUGUUGGAGGCCAUUCCUCCUUCUGCAGUAGACUACUUCAGGAAAUCUGCUCAAGAGCUCAUAGAUGAAAAAGGGGCGGUUGCUGCCCUGGCUGCAGCUCUAGCCCAUAUUUCUGGGGCAUCUUACAUACAGCAGCGCUCCUUACUCAACUCAACUGCGGGCUUUGUGACCAUGGUGUUAAAGUGUUCAAUAGAAAUGCGUACCAUGAGCUAUGCCUGGCGAGGACUAAAAGAACAGCUUGGUGAGGAAGUAGAUGCCAAAGUAUCUGCAAUGCGUUUCCUCAAGGGGAAGACGGGUGUGUGCUUUGAUAUCCCUGUUGGCGAACUGAGUAACAUACAGGAACAGUGGAGGGACACCAGGCGCUGGCAACUGUCGGUGGCAAAGGAAUUGCCUGAGCUGGAAGAGUACCCCCAGGAGGCAGGACGGGGGUUCUCCAGGUUCGGAAACGGGAGGCAAGGUGACGGUGGCUUCAAGAGAAACAACUGGUUUAAGAAUGGAAACCAGGGACAUGAUUUUAAUGGGACACUUGAUUAACCUCUGGUACAGAUAUGGGACUGAGCUGAUUUUUAUCAAAAAGUAAAAGCCUGUUAGACAUUC